AUGCCGAUCCUCAUUGCGGAUUCUAGUGCCUUGAAGAAGGGCGAGGCGGGAGAGUUGAGGGCGCUGCAGGUUAGAGCAUUCCGUUAUUACGCCCUGUUCUACAAGGCGUUUUUGGGAGUGGCGGCGCACACCCGUGCCACGCUGAAAGAGGCCAAGCAACGUGCUGUUGCAACCUCUGAGCUACACAACUGUUUGCUAUGCAGGUUGAUGGAGCUGCUGCCCAAGGCUUUCCCGGACCAGGCGUCAAAGUGGGAAAUUCCCAAGAUCCACAUGAUCAAGCAUCUUCUCGAGAACGUGGAAGCAAGGGGGAUGCCACACCACUACAGCACGGAGAUGUGGGAGCGCACUCACAAGGGGACAGUGAAGGGUCCCGUGAGGGGGAGCAACUGGGCUGACAUUCCGAGGAGAAUUGUGGAUGAGGAGAUGCAGCGGGAGAUUUACAGAGAAGUGGCGAUCGAUGCGGGAGGAGGUCGGCAGUACGUGUCAGCGCUGCGUGUGGCCGUGGAAGAGAUGGAGCCAGUGCUAACGAAGAAGUUCAGGGUCAUGCGCCUCGGAGGCACCGCGGACAAGGUGUUUGCCGAGUACGCAGCGGUAUUUGGGGAUCAGAUGGCGGGCCUACCAGGUCAGCUGCGGGAGAUGCAGUUGAACCCUGGCAGUGUGCAGACACACACAGCAGUGGCCAUACCACGUACGCAGGGUGGGGUGCUUGUGGCGAAGGGGACGUUCGUCAAGGCGUCCCCGCGAGAGAACCUAUUCUCAGAUGUGGCACUCCUGGCUCCUGAAGGCGGGGAUUGGUUUGCUAGAUGCCUAUGUAUUUUCAAGGCGUUGAACGCGGAGGGCAAGUGGACUGGGUGUGCCUACGUGAGUAUGAGCUCGGUGAAGCCCCCGUUGAAGGACAUCGUACAGAAGCUGAAAGUGCUCCCCGACGAUGUGUUUCUGUUUGUGGAGAUACCGUUUAUGCCCAGCCGGUUGCCGAAGACCAAGAUACCGGGGAGGAACGGAACCCCGUGCGACCGGAUCAUAAGUGUCGGCUUCUUGUACAAUGCGACGGGGACCUGCACCACGGUGCCCCUUGUGGUGUUGCGCCAUGACGAGCGCCCCGAACCUAGGCGCAGCGGGGAUCCUGCACCGGCGGUGAUUGUGCGCUACACGAAGAGUGGGCGCCUCACACCCGAGGUGUUUACCGAGUUUUUUCAGACGGUUGAUGGGGUGCAGCUUAGCCGUGGAAGGAAGACGGUUGUGUUCACCUACAACACGGCGCACCGCAUUACCGCGAAUGACGCGGAGACCACGGUGGAGCAUGGGCUGACUAUGGUGCAUUUCACGCACACACGCUUUGUGGACCUGACAGACGUUGUGCACUGGUCCAGUAUGCCGUUUUUGCACGGCGUGGUGGACGCUUUCAAGGCUGAGUAUCGUGUGAUACUGAUGAGACGCGCGGUGCGGUCCAAUCUGUUCCACGAGGAUUUCGAAGCGCCGUUUUCCCUGGUGAAUUACGGUGUUAUGCUGCUGUGGGUGGGCUUGGCAUGGAAGGCGCUGACGGCGGCAACGAUGCAAAGGAGCUGGUGGAGGGCGGGAUGCGUCCCGGAGUCAUGGUGGGAGCUGAUGUGGCACCUGCACGGCAUGUACUCGGCCGGCAUGUACGAUCCCCUGGUCUCUACCACGGCGGACCUCCUGGUGCUGCUACGUGAGUUCCGUGUGCGGCCGGCUAUUUAUAUGCCGGUGUCCGAUUACGUGACAUGCGAUGAGUGGUUAAUGGAGAAGGCUGGUGUGAAGUUGGUGACGCCCACGACGCCGACGUCUUCAGGGGACGAGGGCGAGAUGUGCCUGCCGGAUGGGCCUCUGAUGCGUGACGAACGAAGCCGACGACGUGCCAUCCGCAAUGUGACGAACGCGUACGUGUGUCACGCGGAGGCGCUGGGGAUUGCUCCUGCGGAGGUGGCGACUGUCGUUGGCGCCUCUGAUGGAGAGGUGGUUAGCCGCCUAAGCCGCACACCGAAGAAGCGAGCGCGCAGUUCGGGGUCGUCGGACAGUGGGUCCGUGUAG